GCCUGAAUGUCAGGAAAUCAGAUAACCAUCGAUCAGAGUGAAGAAACUUUUCUCUGACACAUGAAUCAGCAAUCAGACACAGAGAAGUUCAGAAACCGAGAACAAUCCUUCACGGACCACUGAAGAGAGCAGCAGCCGACAUGAUGGCCAUGCCCUUUCUGGGCUGCACCGCCCUCUGUAUCAUUGGAUCUCUCACCACCAUCCUUGCCCUCCCAGCUACCGAGCCGCCACUCGUCCAUGACCACCCCUUUGUAGCUAUAUGGAACGCCCCUACUGAGCAUUGCCGACAACUUGACAUCCCCCUGGACACAGCAGCCUUCCAGGCAAUGACCACAACCGUAUCCAAGCCUGGUCAAUUCCUCACCAUCUUCUAUGAAGACCAUCUUGGCCUCUACCCUAAAGUCAACACCGUUAAACGCAAGAUCUACAGAGGUGGAAUCCCCCAAAACGGCAACCUGACAGAACAUCUAGCCAAGGCCCGGAGUCAGAUAGACCAUAACAUCUACCGAGAUUCUUCUCCUGGACUGGCUGUCAUUGAUUGGGAGUCCUGGCGCCCCCUGUGGGACCAAAAUUGGGGAUCGAAACGUAUUUACCAGAAACUUUCUAUCACUCAUGCCCUGCAGAUGGCCCCAUUUUUAUCAACACAGCAAAUUUCCAAAGUAGCCAAGAAACAAUUCCAGCAUGCCAGCCGGUACUUUAUGGAGAGGACCAUCAGUCUCGGCAUCGGUGAGCGCCCGAACCGCCGCUGGGGCUACUACUUGUUUCCUGACUGCUACAACUACGACUGGAAGAAGUCUCAUUACACAGGAGAGUGCUCUGCGAAGACUCAGAAGCAAAAUAACCAGAUGCUAUGGCUGUGGGAGCGCAGCACUGCCCUAUUUCCCUCCAUCUACCUCCACUCGACUCUGAAGAACUCUCCCGAGGCGGCACUUUACGUCCGCAACCGUGUCCAUGAGGCGAUGAGGGUGGCAAUGCUGCCCAAACGUCCGUAUACAGUGCCAAUCUACGUCUACUCUAGGCCACUGUACAGGGAUCAGACCCAGAAGUUAGAGAGCUUGAGAGACCUGGUGAGCACCGUGGGAGAGUCUGCAGCUCUGGGGGCUUCAGGGGUCAUAAUGUGGGGAGGAUCCAAAGACUACAACAACAAGGUUGCCUGUGAGUCUCUGUCCGAGUACCUGACGUCUACCUUGAACCCGUACAUUGCUAAUGUGACGGCGGCCACCAUGCUCUGCAGCGAGCUCCUUUGCCAGGGGAAAGGCCGCUGUGUCAGGAAGGACUACAACUCCUCCCAGUAUCUGCACCUGAACCCCACCUACUUCCGCCUCCUGCGGUCCAACAGGAAGUACGUGGCGAUUGGUCUACCCUCCUCAGCCGACCUCGAUGCCUGGGCUGGAAACUUCACCUGUCAGUGCUAUGCAGGGGGGACCUGUUCCCCAAAACUCUCCCAAACGAUCGAGAUCAAACAGAUUUGGGUUUAACUUGUGAGGAGAGUCAAAAAACAUAAUUAUUCAUAGGUAAUUAAUCAGCAUUUGAUCAAAUCACAAGUUCUAGUAUUUUAGAGAUUUCUUUCAAGAGGGAGAUAAGGUCUAGACUCUAGACCUUCAAUCACUCACACAGAAAUUGUUCCCUAAUGUGGCAUUAACUGCUAAUAUCGUUAUUUCAACUAUGCAAACAAAAUAGAAUUCUAUAGGAGAUUAAAUCAAGCUAAAUAUGAAAGUCUGUCCUAAGAGUUGGUCAUUAAUUAGGACCCAGUGAGAACUAAAGUAAAAACUGUGACAUGAUAACUAAUUAGUUCCCAUGAUAAGUCAGUGUAAAAAUGCCUACAAGACCAAGACCAGUCCACAUCAAUAACAAUUACAUGUAGGGAUGCACCGAUUUAUCGGCCGAACAUCGGUAGCAGCCGAUAUUCGCCUCGUUUACUGAUAUCGGCUUAUCGGUAAUAAACUUGACUUUCACCGAUAUCAUUGGCGGAUGUUCAUAUUUGUUGUAAAACCGCUGGGCACGUGCCGCGGCUGGGGGAGC